UUUAUUUCACGAUAUUAAAAAAAGUAUGAUUUAUAGUGAAAUAUAACUUUUUCUCCUAUAUUAUUAUCAUCUCCUGUAUUUAAUAAAAAUGAUUACUUUAAGGAAUAAGUGUUUUACUUCUUUAGUAUUUAGAAGAACAAAAUCUAACAUCAAAAAUUACUCAAUAAUAACUAAUCGAAAUUUUUCAUGUCUCCUUGGAAUAGAAACAUCCUGCGAUGAUACAGGUUGUGCUAUUAUCAGUGAUAGUGGUGAAGUAUUAGGGGAAACUCUGCAAUCUCAAAAUUUAAUGCAUCUUCGCAAUGGUGGAAUUAUUCCUGAUGUUGCUCAAGACCUACACAGGAAAUACAUUGAACCAACCGUGGAUAAAACUUUACAGGCAGCUAACAUAAGUAUGUCAGAUAUUAGUGCUAUUGCUGUGACAUUACAACCUGGUCUUCCAUUAAGUCUUGCUAUAGGUAUGAAAUAUGCAAAGCAUUUGGCUAGAAAAUUUAAUAAGCCCAUCAUACCAAUUCACCACAUGGAGGCACAUGCAUUAGUUGUGCGAAAGGAAUAUGAUGUCUCAUUUCCAUUUUUAACAUUGCUUAUAUCAGGUGGGCACUGUUUACUUGCUGUUGCUCAAGAUGUGAACAAAUUCUUGUUAUUAGGAGAGAGUAUGGAUAGUGCCCCUGGUGAGGUCUUUGAUAAAAUUGCAAGAAGAAUGAAAUUACGUAAUGUACCUGAAUAUUCACAAAUGUGUGGUGGACAAGCAAUUGAAAUGGCCGCUUCAAAAGCAACAAAUCCCCACAUGUUUAAAUUACCACUUCCAUUAGCAGAAUAUAAAGAUUGUAAUUUUAGCUUUAAUGGACUAAAAACAUCUGUGUUGUAUCAGCUUUUUAAAAAGGAAAAAGUUCACAAUGUUGAUGCUGAUAAAUUAAUUCCAGAAGUAAAUGACUUAUGUGCGGCAACAUUAAUGGCUAUUUCUAGGCAUUUAAUUCAUAGGACUCAGAGAGCUAUAGAAUUUUGCAGUAAAAAUGAUUUAAUACCAGAUAAGAAGAAACAACUUGUGGUAUCUGGUGGUGUGGCAUGCAAUAAUUAUAUCUUUAAAUCUCUUACAAUGUUAUGUAAUGAGUUAGAUUAUGCCAUUUUUAGACCCACACCAAAGUUAUGCACUGAUAAUGGAGUUAUGAUAGCAUGGAAUGGUUUGGAAAAGUGGUGGAGAAAUAUUGAUAUAGUCACUGAUCUUAAGACUUUAGAUAUAAAAGCUCAAAGUCCAUUGGGUGAAAGUCUUGUUGAUAAGGUUAUUGAAGCAAGGAUACCAACUAAAUUGUUAAAAAUUAAAGUCAAUUUAUAAUAAAAUUUAUAUAAUGGUAAAUAAAUUAGAUACAACAGA